AUGGAUGAUCUCAUCUUCGACACACUCGACAAGCUCUUUGCCAAAACAGGAAUUCCUCCAUCAGAAAUUGACAUACUUGUUGUCAAUGUUUCUUUGUUCUCUCCUGAACCUUCCCUAGCAGCUCGAGUAGUUAAUCGUUACAAGAUGAGAUCAGACGUCAAAACUUUCAACCUCUCUGGAAUGGGCUGCAGUGCAAGCAUUGUAUCCAUUGAUCUGGUGCAGAACUUGUUCAAGUCGUACAAUAAUGCAUUCGCUAUUGUUGUGAGUAUAGAAUCGAUAGAUCCAAAUUGGUACCGGAGCAAAGAAAAAUCCAUGAUGCUCUCGAACUGUCUGUUCCGUUCAGGAGGUUGCUCAAUGCUCUUCACAAACAACAGUGCUUUAAAACACCAAGCCAUCUUCAGAUUGAAACAUCUUGUACGAACCCAUCUUGGCUCGAUCAAUGAGGCCUACAAAUGCUGCAUACAAGUAACAGAUGAACUUGGCUACAAAGGUUUUCUCCUUAAUAGAAGCCUUAAGAAAUCUGCUGCUCAGGCUUUUACUGUGAAUUUCAGAGUCUUAGUACCUAAAAUAUUACCACUAAGUGGCCUGCUUCGCUAUAUUUACGUAUCUCAUCGUGGCAGGGCAAUUAUUGAUGAUAGUGGCAAGAGUCUAGGCCUUAGCGAUUAUGAUCUUCAGCCAGCUAGAAUGGCACUUCAUCGAUUUGGCAAUACAUCGGCUGGUGGCCUUUGCAAAGCAUCUCCUUCAGAUCUUAUUAAACCGGAAUUAGCCCCUUCACUGUCAGCUGCCCGUGAAGCACGAUAA